GAGUGCUCUGAGCCAAGCUUGUACAUGAGAUGAUAAGUGGGCUUCUUUUGCUGACUUCGGCGGUAGGUUUGAGUUAAUCCGGCGGUGGGUGAGGGAGGCGCCAUUGAACGGUGGCCACACCACGGAAGGCGCGACGCGAAAGGAGAGGGGGCUCGUCGGUCUGGGCGCGAAGGGGAGAGGGGAAGAGGAGAGAGAGAAGUUUCUGAGCAGACAUGUUUUUUGAAAUUCAGAGGGAAAAAUAGAAGAAAAAAGUAAAAAAAAAAAGCCGGCUGGGGUUGUAUACUGGGAGUGCUCGGAGCUCCCUUUCACUACUGUGAUACUUACCUUAUUAUAUAAUGCAUUCUUGCACUUCCGUGUCUUUGGACCUUAGUUUUCACUUGGGUUUUGCUAAUAAUUGGAGUUUGAGGCCUUUAAGAAGAUCAAGACUUUGUCUUUCUCAGGAAAGAGGCAUCAUAAAACCAGAAAAUAGGCACGACAAGGGCACUUUUACAGAAUACAACAAGUUAGGCACCAAGGAUGAUCUUCUAAUUUCCCGUUCUCUUGUAGCCCAGCAAGAUAGCCUACCUCCUUUAGUUAGUGCAUUGAAAGCUUCAGCUGAACAAAAUGUUGCCAGCUUUCACUUCCCUGGGCAUAACAGAGGUCGUGCUGCUCCACCAUCAUUAACUCAAAUAAUUGGUUUAAAACCAUUUUCCCACGAUUUGCCUGAGCUUCCAGAGCUUGACAACCUAUUUUCUCCGGAGGGGCCUAUUUUAGAAGCACAAAGAGAAGCAGCCAAACUCUUUGGGUCAUCAGAGACAUGGUUUCUUGUUGGGGGUACGACUUGUGGAAUACAAGCAGCAAUAAUGGCAACUUGUUCUCCUGGAGAAUUUCUAAUUCUUCCUCGGAAUUCCCAUAUAUCUGCUAUAUCUGCCAUGGUAUUAUCUGGUGCACGACCCAAGUACAUCAUUCCUCAGUAUGAUUUUGAAUGGGACAUUGCCGGCGGCGUGACUUCAUCACAUGUAGAGCAAGCAGUCAAGGAACUAGAGAUGGAAGGUCAAAGGGCAGCUGCAGUAUUUAUCACUUCCCCCACAUAUCAUGGUAUAUGUAGCAACUUGACUGAAAUUUCCCAGCUGUGUCAUUCGCAUGGAAUUCCUUUGAUUGUUGAUGAGGCUCAUGGGGCACAUCUUGGAUUUCAUCCCCAGCUUCCCAAUGCAGCCCUUCAGCAAGGAGCUGAUCUUGCAGUACAGUCCACUCACAAAGUUUUAUGCUCUCUCACACAGUCCUCAAUGCUACACAUGUCGGGGAAUAUGGUAGAUCGUGAAAGAAUAUGUAGAUGUCUCCAAACUCUUCAAAGCACUAGCCCUAGUUAUUUGCUUUUGGCAUCAUUAGAUGCUGCUAGAUCUCAAUUAAGUGAAAAUCCAGAUACUAUUUUCAACAGAGCAAUGGAAUUAGCCUUUGAAGCUAAAUACUUGAUCAAGGAAAUACCUGGCAUUUUAGUGCUUGACCUUGCAAGAUUUUCUAACUUUCCAGCCAUUGAUCCUUUGCGACUUACUAUUGGUUUUUGGCAGCUUGGUUUGUCUGGUUAUGAAGCUGAUGAAUUCUUGUGCAGAGAUCAUGGGAUCGUUUGUGAACUUGUUGGGAACAGAUCUAUUACUUUCGCAAUCAACCUUGGAACUAGUAGAGAUGAUAUUCAGAGGCUUAUAUUAGGAAUAGAGCAUCUAGUAGGAAUUACUGCACCGAUUGAUGGAGAAAAAGGGUAUGGGGAGUUUAAUGGUUAUACACCCUUUGGAGAUAUCAAAAUGAGCCUGAUUCCCAGGGAUGCCUUUUUUGCCAGUAAAAAGAAAGUCGGUAUAGGAGAGAGCCUUGGGAAAGUUUGUGGGGAGCUUAUAUGUCCAUAUCCUCCAGGGAUACCGGUUAUGAUCCCUGGUGAGGUUAUUACAGAGAAAGCUUUGGAGUAUCUACUGGAUGUUAGAAGCAAAGGUGCUGUUAUAACUGGAGCCUCUGAUACUUCCCUAUCUUCUAUAGUAGUUUGUAAUGUGUAGUUCAUUACUGUAUAGAAGUGCAUCUAGCUGCCAAAUCCUUGCUUCAGCUUAAGGUAGUGGCCGGGCACAUGAAGCCGGGAGUACUCUCGUGUAGCAUUUAUGCGCAUGCCUGCCACUGAUACUAGCAAUCACCACCACUAUAAAUCUAUACUUUUUUCCAUUAAAUCUUUGGGAGAGAGCUGGAGAAUGACUUUCCUUUCCCCUUUGAAUAUUGGCCAUGAUUUUUACAGCAUCAUCCAAGGUACUUAACCAGAAAUUAGGUAAAUGAAGUCUGCCAGAAACUGUUACAUGAGAGAUACUUGUCACUCAUGUGCUUCAUAUUUCAGCUACUUUAUGCAAGGCUUCACUUUGUUGGGUCCAAUUUAUCGAGGCUUGUUUGCAGCGAUGAAAUCUUAUGUUUUUCUUUUUUCAUACCCUUGAAGUAAAAUGAAUAUUGUUUUCAUAUUCGAUUAUUCACAGCACUUUUUAAGAACUUCUCUUUCUUUUCUUUCCACACGAUCAAAGUAUUUAAGAUGGGAAUGGUCCUUAAGGGAGGAUAACAUAGUGAUCCCAGAUGCGGUGCACGGAACCGGGGUUUACUCUGCAGUGGUGGGUUUGAAGGGCUCUACCUUGGAGAGGUUCUCCGACAUAAAAAAAAA